UAAAAUAACCUGAUUGUAAACGUCAAAUGUUCAAACUUUGCAAUAUGCAACAAAUAUUGAUUUCUGUUUCAUUGUUUUCUUUGGUAUAUGGAUUUCCCUGGUUCCAGGGAAGGAUUCCGAAUGGCAACCGUGUUCCGAACCCCUGUAACAAAGGAACAUGGCUAGGUGUUGGACAUCUAAGAGAAGUAGGAGGAGGAAACCGUAAUAUAUUUGGUCAGGACUUUUUCCAAGCUGGUUUAAGAUGGACUGUUAACCUUUGUGAAAUGGAUUCUGAUGGUGACGGCAAAACCAACGGAGAAGAAUUAGGAGAUCCAAAAUGUGAAUGGUACAUGGAAGCAACACACCCAGUGAUAUUUAACGCAACUGGACAUCCAGGAAUAUGCGAACCAAUGAGUAGUGCAAAAUGUUUAAUAAAGAAUUUGGGUAUAUAUUGUAACCAUCCAAACCCAAAAUUUGGCCGAUAAUCAGGUAUCUAACUAAGACGAACUGGAAAGGGAUUCCUAACAACGGACACGUAAACAUUCUGUGUUUCGGCUACACCAACCAUGUGCAAUAUGACUAUUCUACAAAAUGUCAUUUAUUUAAUGUCAUUGCUUUUAUUAACAAAAUGUCACAUCUGUCAUUAUAAAAUAUUAUCAUUUAUGCAUGUUUUCCAUUUGUCAUUUUAUCAUUUACAACAUUUAUUCGUUUACAAACUGUAAAUAGUUUUGAAA